CUCGGCGAGCGAGGGUGUCACGCUCGCUGCUCCUGAACCUCCACUGACGCGGUGUUGUUCCACAAGAACUUUACGGCUUCGUCGAGUGAACUUACCUGCAAAAACAAGGCUCAACUUUGAUUUGUUGAAUCAAUUACUUGUUUAUUGAAAGAGCGUCGAGACAUAACUGUUGAAUUCUUAGUUGAAAUAUAAAGAGAAGACUUUCUCUAACUGGUGAUUUGGAAACAGAUUUGUGCUAGGAAAUUGCAGUUGUUACUGAAGAUCGUCCGUCAAAAAAAAAACUUAUUGAAGAUUUUUCGAGUCGGUCUGAAGGAAGCCGAGAACGAAGACGAAUCCUUCUUUGGGAUCAUCCAUCAAGAAAAUGGCAUCGAGUGCUCGUGUUUUUUCUUGUCUGUCAAUACUCCUGCUGCUAGCCUCAUCAACAUCACAGCAAUAUUCAAUAGACGCAGCAGACAGGAUCUAUAAAUUCUAUGAUGAUUCAUCAAUCAAAAUGAAUUCUGAUCGCAAUCUCAUAUCAAUGGGAAGAAGUUACGGAUCCACUCUCGGCGAAUUUCAAAAAGUUUCCCGAAGAAAUGUAAGAGAGAAAGACAUCGCGGCAAUUUUUAGAGGUGUUGCUUACGGAAUUACUGAAUCUUCAGUCAUAUCUAAACUCCCUGAGACCACCACGGCUACAACCACAACCACCUCUACCACGACUUCCACGGUAGUACCAGUUUACAAGACGUCUACCAGGCUGCAAAUGAUAGAAAAGUUACAUGAAAAUGAAAAUUCAGUAGAAGCUUUUGAAUCAUCGUUGCCACUACCUGAAGAGGUGGAUGGUACAUAUGGAGAUCCUGCAAGAAACGGAAUUCUCAACUACUUCAUGGAGACCGACAGGAGGAAUGAACAUGAAGCCCAUAAUGGUCGCCGCGAAUAUUACCCAUCCGUCAUUUCAAGCAUCUCUCCUAUAUCACAAAACGCUCCAACCAAACCAGACAGCUACAUCCUAUCGAAGACAAACAUAGGACAAACAAUGCACGUUCACAUUUAUAUGACAGGAAUUUUGAUGGGACUCAUUGUUUUGAUUUCACUUGUAAGUUUAUGCCGCAUUCACACGUGCACUCAUCUUAUCCCACGUGGCCACUACGUCACGUUACAAUUGCUUAUUUUACUCGCUGGCUCUUUGCGUUGUAUUAUUCUCCUUCAUGAUCCAUAUGGACUGGAAGGAAAGUUACCCAGAGCUCUCAUCUCAUUACUUAUGAACUCAGUUUCUCCUAUUCUCUCGACUGCGUUCGCCCUCAUGCUCUUGAUCUUGCUGAGAGCUUCCAGGUUCUCUCUGCUUCCGGCUAAAUUUCAGUCGCCUCUUGUUCUGGCCGUUGUUACUGGAAUACACAUAGGAACCAGCGUGCUCAUCGAUAUAUCCAACGGAGUCUUGCAUUAUCCUGAUUCUGCUCGUAAACUUGUCACUGGAAUCCAGUGUUUCACCAUUGGAUGGAAUAUGGUUCUCAUUGUUGGAUAUGUUUGUCUUCUUUAUCAAUCUUUCAUUCGAGUGUCGAAACGAAGGGUGGUGCUACCUCAAUACACUUGUGCUGUGAUGUGCUUGGCUGUUCUGCUGCAGGCCAUUCUCAUCGUUUUUUCAUUUCAUCACAUUUUCAGUCGGGAAUUUCAAAUGAACCAACAAGGAGGCCUCAAAACCUGGUCAUGGUGGGUCUUGGUCAGUUUUGAGCGUCUUAUCGAAAUAUUUUUGUGCGCAUCGUUGCUUGCCGCGGCAGCAACUCUUACGAUCAAACAAUCGAAUUCCCACACAAAUGAGCAGAAAAUAUUCUCUGUCGGAACUUCAUAUGAACCAUCCAGCAAGUGCAACAAGCUUAAUGGUGAGAGUCCAACGCGCGGGAAAAAAUUCAUAGCAUCUAAUUAUGCACUGGCUUCAACAAUGCAGAAGAAAGCGAACACAAUGAACGGAAAUUUUGUCCAUAAUUUCAAAGCAACAAAUGAAAAUACUUACGAGUCGACUGGCGAUUUUACCAUCCGUUGGAACUUGCCAAAACCGGACGUGUGCUCCCGAGAUCAGGAGGGUCCGGUCGAUGGCUAUUCUCCGAACCUGGCCGAGCAAGAACGUCGUCUGCCUGACCACUCGUCGGCCCACCAAGCCAUGCAAGUUAAUUCUUCUUCUCUCAACAGCCGGACCCUUCCCCGGCCCCGAUACUAUUGUGCCCCUGUACCGAUAAUAGAGACAGAUAUCCCGGUCGUCAGUCGGGUGGCUACUUAUACUCUGAGACCUCAGAAAACUCACAAUAUUUAUUGCGAGAUCGAAGACCCAAGUUACGAUGUAACUCCGUACUACACUAAAUCCAUUCCCUCAACUUCCAGUGAGAUUUACAGCAGCCCUCAUAUUUUAGCCUCAAAUUAUAUGCAAGAUCAAAUCCCCGACCCCCUUUAUGAGCUGCCUCAAGUCCACAACUCGGCUGGCAUUAAUCAAAACUCUGCAACCUUCAAAGAUUUUGACAGCAGACAAGCACAUGGAGGGCACGCCAGUAACUCUAAUGCAUCCCAUCAUUUAAUUAAUAAAAUAUCAGGAAAUUUGAUGCUACCACUCCACAAUUCACAUAGCAGAGUUUCAAACUGCAAUCAUUCCCAGAGAAACAGUGCUCUGGAUACGUCUCCGGAUUCUGCAAUCGUUUUAGAUUACUCAUCUCACUCAGAACUUGAAGAACAAAAUGGCUGCAUGUCUCGACAUUACGUCCAGAAGCAACCUGCUGAACAUCAGGCAAAUUUGAACAAUAGAAUAGAUUAUAUGAAAAUGAGCACACAUUCUUUGAACGAUGUUUUCAAGCACAAUAGUGGACUCUUGAGUAAACUCGUAGGCAGCAGCAAUGCUAAUACUGGCUAUCAGCCUCUUAAUGUAGAUGAUUCCCAACUCUCUUCUACUGAUAUCUUGGAUGAUCUCUAUGAACCAGAUGAUGGAGAGUCCCCUCUUUCUGCUGCAGUUGAAUCCCAUAAAUCAGCUGAGACAGAAGUUACUUCUCCGAGAAAAGCGGCACAGAAGUCCUCAAAAGAGACUGCCAAGGCUUUAAAAGUCUCUGGCGACCCGAGCUCAUCGUGCGAUGCCGUGGCCAUCUCUUGUUCAAGUCCAGUCACGUCUCUGUGAAUUUCAUCCCUCGCCUAGAUUUAUAGUAUCGAGUUUUGCUGGCGCUUUCAAAAGCUUAUCUUUAUGAUGUCUGUCGUGCGUCCAGUUUGCUUUAUUUCAAGCGAGGAGCGGGUAAAGACCACUCACCAGGUAAAAAUGUCGUUAGCUUAGGUUUCAGUUAGGGUUUGAGUUACGGAAACUAGAUUGUUUCGGCGAUAGCAGAGGUGAGAGCGGCUCAGGCUAGUGAACUUGACUGAAUUGUGCCAAUUUACUAAAAUUGUCGAGGGUUUCGGAAUUUUUUUAAGGUAAAGUUUCAGAAGAUUCUAUUGUGUCCAAUGUUUACUUUGGUGUCACGAGCAACGUGGUGCUUUUAUCGUUCACUUUAGCGAUGCUGCAAGACUCAUGUUGGAAUAUUUUUGAAAAAUUGACUCCGAAACAUGAGUUGGCUUUCGUUAAACCUGCCAUAGUUGAAUUUUAGUAUCACAUUCUAUAUCAUGAAAAAAUUGACGAUGAUUCUUUCAAGCUUCAUUAAAAAUUU